AUGAGUUUCGGUGCUCCUCGUCCUCGUCCUGGCGCUGCUGCAGCCCAGGGCCAGGGCGGGAGACCACCCGCCGCGCAUCAGCUACCAGGCGGCGGCGUGCCGCGCCCGCGGCGUCUCCAGUACACCGGGGUGACACGAGGCCCGAGUGGCGACGGGUGGAUGGCGCGCGUGCUGGUGGACCCGGAGCGGGGCUCGUGCCGCACCAUCGGGCCGUUCUCGGACCCGCACGCGGCGGCGCUGGUGCACGACCGCGUGGCGAUCGCGUACCUGGGCGACAGGGCGCGGCCCAACUUCCCGGCGGCGUUCCACCCCAUCGAGCAGCGGUUCCUGCGGCUGUGCCGGGAGCGGGAGGGCCAGAUCGACGUGUGCGCGCUUGUGGCGGACCCCGGCAUGUACGAGGCCCGGUACGCGACGUUCCUAAGGUCGGUGCUGCGGCUGAAGCAAUGGGGAGAGUUCAAGGGCCUCAUCGUCGAGUUCUUCAUCAGCCGCGCGUCCGAGAUCGGGGACGAUAUCCUCAAGGAGGGCGGGGAGAAGCUGGAGGCCAGGUUCGUGGAGAUGCACCGGAACAAGGCCGUGGACCCGCAGUGGCGUGCCUCGUACAUCCGCAGAGUCUUGCAGGAGCAGCAGAACCAGCAGCGGCAGCAGCAACUGCAGCUGCAGCUGCAGCUGCAGCACAAGGUCACCGCUGCCGCCGUGCAACCCCAGCAGCAGCGCUGGGGCGGCAGUGCCACCGCUGUGCCCAUGUAA